CACGAUUCACUUCCUGUUCGGAGCGGAUUACGUUCUUACGCUUCCCUUUCAGUAUCGUUUACGGAGAAAUCUGAUUUUCCACACACAUCUCUGAUAUUGACAAGGCGUGGCACCACAAGACUAAACAAGCAAACCACUAGUUCUUUAACGGUUCGCCCCGGGGUGAGCCUUCCAGAGCUUCGUGAUGUCGGUGGUGCUUCAGAGUAACUCAGGCUGGGUUUUGGACUCCCAGUCGCUCAUUGACCGAGGCUAUGCGAGGUGCAUCACAUGGACAGGGCAUCACAAGUCACAUGUCAAGUGCAAUUUUAAAAGACAGUGCUUUGACAUAUUAAAGAGUCAUUACGACAUGAGUGGGAGAGUUGAUGGAGGACACACUGUUAUGACGCAGAAAACAGAGAAAUGCGCAAAGAAGCGGAAACGAAAACACGGUGAGCUCAACCAAGGAGAAAUUGAUGCAAAGGCUUUCCAUGAAAAGAUCAGGAGCAUUAUUCUGGAGGGAACCAAGUCCUUAGUGGACUCUGCCCAGUCACUUGGAUACCUGAGUGGAGAGACAGAAACAUCCAAAGAUCCUCUUCCCUCCCAGGACUGCAGACUGGCAGCACUCUGCGAGAUGGCUAAAGAGCUCCCUCUGGUGGCCGAUGAAGAGCAGGAGUGGACACAGUCACUUCUGACAGAGGAAGGUGUUGCUUCACAUGUCGACCUGUUCUCCCAGGUGACGGAGAACAGCGAGGCCUGGGCAGCAGUGGUUCCACUGAUGGGAGAGGAGUAUAUAAUACCUCAUGACACUGCAUUCCUCCUUUCUGAUUUCACAAGAAUACAACCACUGGUACAAUGUGGGAGGAGAUUUGACGUCAUCGUCAUCGAUCCACCGUGGGAAAACAAGUCUGUGAAAAGAAGUCGCAGAUACAGCUCUUUGCCUUCAUCCCAGCUGAAACGCCUUCCCGUCCCCCUCCUGGGAUCUCCAGGCUGCUUGGUGGUCACCUGGGUAACGAACAGGCCCAGCCACCUCCGAUUUGUCCGUGACGAGCUGUACCCACACUGGGGUGUAGAAGUUGUCGCUGAAUGGUUCUGGGUCAAGGUCACCACAUCGGGGGAGUUUGUGUUUCCUCUAGAUUCACCACACAAGAAGCCGUAUGAAGUGCUGGUGCUGGGUCGGUACCGUCCUGCCAAUGACCACACGAGCCCUUUACAAACUGCAAAUGUUCCAGUUGAAGAUAAACGUUUGAUUGUGAGCGUCCCCUCGGCCUUGCACUCCCAGAAGCCAUCACUGUCAGAGGUGCUGAAGUUGUAUGUUGGAGCUGAAGCCAAGUGUCUGGAGCUGUUUGCGCGGAGUCUUCAGCCCGGGUGGACCAGCUGGGGAAACGAGGUGCUGAAAUUUCAGCACAUCAGCUACUUCGACCUGGAACCUGCAGAUACCUCUAAAGCCGAGGCCACAGAAGAUGCUGCAGAAACAUGACUGCAGAUAUUCUGAGAAAAGUUACUGUCUUACUGCGUCCAGCCUCCCUAGCAAUUGAGCAAAUGUCCGAAGUUCAACACCUGUUGGCUGUUUUUUUUCCUUUAACUUUGUUUUUAAUAAAGAUUUUGCUGCUCCUGCA